AUGAGCCGCUCCCGCGUUCUCUCUCGCCGCCAGAUCGAAGGCCUCAUUGCGAACAAUCAAUCCAUCGUCAUCUUCGACAACAAGGUCCUGCGCCUGGACAAAUGGCUCGAGAGGCAUCCUGGAGGCAAGCUGCCGAUUCAGCACAUGGUGGGCAGAGAUGCCACGGACGAGAUCAAAAUCUACCACUCUGCGGAAACCCUGCCGAGGAUGGAUAGCUUUCGAAUUGGAUACAUAGACGGGCCAUGGGUCAACUUUGAGCCCCCGAUUUCGGGUGGUAUCUUCCGCCCAUACGAAGGGGAAGCGAAUAUGCGAAAAUGCGCAAAGACGAUCACACCCAUACUCUGCCCCUCGAAGACGUCAGCUCUCCCUGGAACCGAUGGGACCUGCAACAAGAAGGGCGCACCGCCUCCUUGCCCGGACGCAAAGCCACCGCUCAGCAACAUUCAGGAUAAAUUGGACGUGAACCAGCUGGUUACUGGCACGUUGGACAAGUUCCCGAGAAGCUGCACGCAGGUUGAGUUCAUGGACCUCGCUGAGCAGCUGGAGAUCGACUCGGACAUUAGCAGAUUCCCAUCUGUGGACCCGGCGACCCAGAGGACUAUCAUCAACAGGUACCGCCAGCUACACGAUAAGGUUAAGGAGGACGGCCAUUACGAGUGUCGCUUCUGGGAAUAUGGAAAGGAGUGUAUCCGCUACGUCUCCAUCUUCGCCCUCUCCAUGACGGCGUUGAAGUACGAGUGGUAUAUGACAUCCGCCAUGCUUCUGGGUCUGUUUUGGCACCAGAUCAUGUUCACGGCGCAUGACGCUGGACAUUUGGCUAUCACCCACAACUACAUCGCUGAUACUCUCAUUGGAAUCUUUAUUGCGGAUUUCUGCUGUGGGUUAUCCAUUGGAUGGUGGAAGAGCAGCCACAAUGUUCACCACUUGGUUCCCAACCACCCAGCCCACGACCCUGAUAUUCAGAACGUCCCCCUCUUCGCCAACUCCCCCAUGUUCUUCCAGUCCCUCCGCUCCACCUACUACAACUUCGACUUCGCCUGGGACCGCGCGUGCGAGAUCGCCAUCAAGUUCCAGAAGUACACCUACUACCCCGUCAUGGGCAUCGCGCGCUUCAACCUCUACCUCCUCUCCUGGCUGCACCUGAUCUCCCCGCGCUCCUCCAACAAGGGCACGGCAGCCUGGACCCGCCCCACCGAGAUGCUCUUCAUGGCCUGCUACUGGUACCUCUUCGGCUACCGCCUGCUCUGGCUCACGCUCCCCACCUGGACCAUCCGCGUCGCCUUCGUCCUCGUGUCGCACAUUAUCACCAUGCCUCUUCACGUGCAGAUCACGCUCUCCCACUGGGGCAUGUCGACCGCCGACCUCGGCGCCACCGAGUCCUUCGCCCAGAAGCAGCUGCGCACCACCAUGGAUGUCGACUGCCCCGCGUGGUUGGACUUCAUCCACGGUGGCCUCCAGUUCCAGGCCGUGCACCACCUGUUCCCGCGCGUGCCCCGCCACAACCUGCGCAGGGUGCAGGCGCUGGUUCGCGAGUUCUGCAAGGAUGUCGGGAUUGAGUAUACCAUCUUCGGGUUCGUGGAUGGGAAUAAGGUCGUCCUCAGCAGGCUGGGCGAUAUUGCCAAGCAGGUUGAGAUUAUGGUCGCGUGCCAGAAGCAUAAUGCUGAGACGGGGGAUAUGAGCAUCUAAAGCCGGUCGACGCAUCGAUCUGACUGCUCUGUUACGAAUUUGUCUCCUUUAGCGUGUUUUUUUUAUUGUUUUGACUACUUGCUUGGAUUUUUUUUUUGGAUGAUGAAGAAACUACAGUACCAUCUGGUUGGGCGCAUACAUAUUUUUCAUUUUUGUCAUAUUUCGGAUCCAUAACACUGCAUUUUUUUAUUGGCCGAGCGGAUGGGGGCUGAGUCCUCGAGCUCGUGGCGAAGGGAGGGUAGGCGGUUUUUUGAAGGCCCUCCUCUCUCCCUUUUCUUUUCUUGAGAUUUGCUCAUACGAUGGAGGAUGGAUGGGGAAAUCGCAUGGUGGUGGUGGAUAUACAUGAGCGAUGCAACUUAUAGAUGGGCGCGAUAAUAAUAGACGGUGGACGGCUUCCGCUAGAGUAGCGGGGUUGUGAGGAAGUGAGAGGGAUGAGAGGAGAAUGGAUUAUUUGAGUCCAUGUUGAUAGUUUCUGUAUGAGAGAUUGCAGAUUAUGAGGGGACUAUUAUGAUGUGAAAUGAAAG